AUGCCUGGUCCUAGUGACAACGAGCAUUCACCGUUUAACGGUCAUAUGCCAGUACGUAUCUCCGAGCUUACGGAUGCAGAGAGAGCCGAGUUUCGGGCUCUCGUUGCAACUCGUGACAAUGAAGAGGCUCAUGAUGGCUACCAGGCUUCGGCCCAGGUUGCCCACGAUGGCGCCAACGACAAUGGUAUCCAGAGCCACGCUGUCGCCGAAGCCAAUAUGAACGCCAUGAUGAACCAGUUUGGCGGUCUUGGUAUUAACGGAAUUCCCCACAUCCCGGGAAUGAUGCCCAUGACCACUCAGGAUGGUCGUAUCAUUCAAGUCGCCAUUUCCCCCUCGAUGGCUUCUGGUGUCCCCACUUACGGCAUUCCAACUCUUGGUUAUGCGCCAGCUCAGCCCGAGGGUUACGCAGGUGGUACUCCAUACAUCGUUCAGCCUGGUUAUGCUAACCCAGCCCACAUGUAUUUUCCGUACACGCCAUCGCGCACUGGCAUGAGCCACGAGCGUACUGAGACUAGUUCUCGAGAUGUUCCGGGUCUAGACAUUCGACGUUCGUCGUACUCUACUAAUGAGUCUACCCCGGCCACGCCUUUCCUCGGAAGUAUGGCCUCUCGGGACCAGGGUCCUCGUGUCACGGUCUUUGAUCGUUCUACGUACACGACCCCUUCGCCUCACCAGAUUGUGGCUGCCGAGGCUCUUCAGGAGCCCAAGUCCCCUCUCCUCGAUCGAGAGCCUAGCAUUCCUUUCGCCAUUCCGGCUGUCUUUACUCCGGCAGAGAAUAUGAAGACUCUCGAACAGAGCCUUGUUAACCCCCUGCCCGGAAACCGCAACGUCUACAUCCGCGGUUUCCACCCCACCACGGAUGACACGCUUCUUUUGAAGUAUGCGGAACGCUUUGGCAAGGUAGAGACGUCUAAGGCUAUUAUUGAUGCUAGCACUGGAGCUUGCAAGGGCUUCGGUUUUGCCAAGUUCUAUGAUGUUCGCGAUUCAGAGAAUUGUAUUCGCGGCUUCUAUCGUCGAGGCUACGAAGUCGGCUUUGCAAGAGAGUCGUUCAACUCCCGACUUCGCCAAGAGGGCGAUCCUGACACCACGAACUUGUAUUUGUCUAACCUUCCCAGAGGCUGGAGAGAACUUGAGAUCAAUACUCUCUUCCAGAACUUUUUGGUCCUAUCCAGCAAGGUCCUGGAGGACCAGGUUACGCACGUCAGCCGAGGUGUCGGUUUCGCUCGAUUUGAAUCUCGCGAAGUCUGUGACAGUAUUAUUAAGCAUUUCCAGGGCAUGCUUCUCGGUCGUGAGAACCUCCCGCUACAGAUUCGCUAUGCGGAUUCGCAGCGACAGAAGGAGCUCAAGCGAGUUACGGCUAAGCGCCGUCAGUGGCGUACCAACGAGUAUAAUGUCAGCGCUUACGGCACGACUCUUGUGGGAGCAGGCCCUUCUCAUGGACCUCCUUAUCGUCACAAUGGUGGUGCUGGAGGUGGCCAAGGAGGCAAUUCUCAACGAGCAAUGCUGGCUGCUCAGCAGAACGGCCCUCAGCAGCAGAAUGGCUCCCAACAGCAGGGUGGCGCUCAGCAGCAGGAAGGUACUCAGGGUCGUCGUCCUCAUGGCAGUGGUACUUGGACCGGUAUGGUUGAUACAACUCGCCGGACCGGCGAAGACGUCGAAAUUCGAGUCGAGUCCCCGCUGGUCGCACACGGUAGUAACCAAUCAUCCCCUGUGAAGCAAGAGAAGGAGUAA